AUGAAUAUUAGAUAAUUAGACAACAUCGUUUCGUGGCUUCUUUCUAAAUUCAAGUCUUCGCCCUAUAGAUGGAACGAAUAAUAAUUGAAUUCCUUUUGUGAAUCCGUUGGAUUGUAAUGGGCUGUGUCAAUAAUAACCGUAUAUGACUUCAUCAAUAUGUAGGUAUAAGCUGCCCCAAAGUAGAGAUCUUACAAUAACUAAGAGGCACACACUCAUGCUAACAAACUAUAAAUCCCUCUGUUAGAUGCCUGUACAAGAUAGUAUGAAGAAAUACUCGAAUUGUGCAAUGCUUUGGGCAUUUAUAAAUUGAUUAGUCAUUCUAUGGAUAUCAACCUUUAUUAUCAGAUUUAGAAAUUAAAGAUAUGGUCCCUUAUAGUCUUGAAAUAUCAGCAUUAUAGAGAAAUGUUUAAGAAGCAUUAUGGAUCCAAAUUCUUUUCUACUUCUAAAUGUAAGAGUUGUACUGCUGAAAUCAGUUGUGCAUGUCAGAUAUUAAACAAUUUGCUAUGUGAAAUUGAGAUCUACAUUAAAAGUAUAUAUGAGCUGCCCAGUACUCAAAAUCAAAACAGAAGAUGUUCGAUGUAUAUAAGUUCAGACAUAAUCAAUUUAUUGUUGAAAUCUAUUUCGCAUCUGCCUUCAUAUGAUUAAUAACCUCUAUUUUGGGACAUGGAUGAUAUUAAAGUUCUAUUGCAUGUAAUUAAAUUCCAAGAUUAUUACUAAUUGCUAUUCUAAAACUAAAUAGACGGAUUCAUUCUACUAAUUUUGGUCAAUCCCCCUUUUAAGGGAGACAAUUUAUUUUUAAAAUGUUUAUUGAUGAGUUAACAAAAUUAAACACAGAAAUCAUAAAACUUACUCUAUUAAAAUCGAUAAAGUAUGGUCAGAAAUACAAUGUAGACAGCAAGCAAGUAUCAUUAAAUAAAUUAAUUUCUUCAUUUAUUACAUUAUUUAUUACAGAUAUUGAGUUUAGCUGCUUACAAAAACUAGGAAUCAUACACUGAAUACAAACAAUUGGGAUAAAGAAAAGUAAGUCAAAUCAGAUGGAUAUCCUUAUACUAUUUUACAAAAGACUCUCAAGUCGGUUAAGCCAAUAGAAAAUCAACACUUACUGAUUAAUUUAUGAGAUCAUCAAAAUCAUAUGGAAAUGUUGAAGGCCAAAUGAAAAAUAGGAAUAAAACUGAGACUUUGGAUUAAUUUGAAAUUAAGAUUAUGGUGACCGAUCAAAGUUUAGAAUAGAUUAAAAAAUAGUUUAGUCAGCCUAAUGUUACACACUCUGCCUAAACAUCACCAUAUGUUUAGAGAGAUACAAAUUGGAUUAAGUUUAAAAAUUAAACUGUUAAUUAAUUUAAUGUUGAAGAUAGUGUUAAUAAUAGAAGUAGUUCAUUUUUGAUACCAGAUACUGAUGGCAAUACAAUUGAACAAGAAAGGGAUAGACUGAAUACAGAAACCCAUGUUUAAAUUGAAGAAGACAUAUUAUCAGGGAGUAACGUUAAUCAGUCAUAAGAAGAACAGUCAUAAUAAUUAUCUAAUUAGGAAGAAGAACAGCAAGAACUUAGUGAUUAAAUGCAAUAAUCAGUUGCAUUCAUGGCAUAAUCAAUAUUAAUUUAAUAAUCUUAAUUAUUAUAAUAACAAUAACAAUAAUAAUAAUAAUAAUAAUAAUAAUAAUAAUAAUAAUAAUAAUAAUAAUAAUAAUAAUAAUAAUAAUAAUAAUAAUAAUAAUAAUAAUAAGAUAUGGGUGAAUCUGUUAUAUUAGGUUAAGCUACAGUGAUGUCAUAAUCUACAAUGUUGCAGUAGUCAGUAAUGAUUUAAUAACCAACAACGAUGUAAUAGUCAGUUAUGAUGUAAUAAUCUGUUAUAAUGUAAUAAUCAACAAUGAUGCAAUAAUCAACGAUGCUAGAAAAGUCAAUCUAAAUACAAUAAAUAAUUGAAUAAUAAGAUAAUUAACGAAUUUAAUAAUAAAGAUCAAUCAAAGAAAAGAUAUUGGAAAGAAUAGAAAAAUUAACUCUUUAGCCAUUGUUUGAUUUAUUUUAGCUUUAAUCAUAAACCCACUUGAAAUUGAAAUGUGACGAGCAAUAAAAAUUAAAAGUUGUAAAUAUCUAAGGAGCAAGUUUUGGCAGGAAUGAAGAUUGCACGUUUGCCUUUACAGAUCAUUCUAAAAUUAGCAGCAAACAUUGCUAAAUAUAUUAUAAAGAUAAGACAUUUUAUUUGGUUGAUGUUGGAUCAAAAGGUGGUACUUUUAUAAAAAUAAACCAUAAUUUUGUAAUUGAAAAAGAUAUGUCAGUGUAUAUAGGAAAUCGAUUUGCAUUUAAAAUAAUUGACAUUAACACAGAGACAGGAUUCUUGGAAGUCAGAUAUGAGCAUGAAGGAACAGCAAAGCACAAAUAAAUAUAAUUAAAAAGAGGUGAUAAGUUUUUAAUAGGGAGAGAGAAAUCUAAAAAUAAUUUUACAUUUAUGCAUUCUUAGUAAGUUUUAUCAUAAAGAAUAUUAGAUGCAACAGAUUAAUGA